UUCGACAAGUAGUGGAAAACGCGUUUGCAGCGACGACGAGAAUAAGGAGCCUUCGGUCAGCGGCAGCUCGGGUAGCACCUGCAACAAGCGAUUUCUUUCUGACGAAGAUGAAUCUCCGGCAAUGUCGGGAGAAAUGUCCAAGAUUCUCGACAGUUUUGGCAACGAUGUCGCCAAAUCACUGCAUGCCAAGAAAGGACGACUUCGGAAACACCUUCGUACAUCAACGAAAGCUAUUACAAAUAAGAUUUCGGGCUUGGAUGAAUCCUCGCUAGCCGAACGGCAGAAAGUUGACGAAGAGUUUGGGAAACAAGUUACCGUCAUUAUCGAACAAAUCGAAAACGACUUGCAAAAAGUGAAGGAGUCGGAGGAGAAGAUUACGAAAGCCAUUGUGCAAUACCAGAAGAAUCACCAGCAGUUCAUAGAACGCAGUACCAUCAAGUUCAGGUUUUUGAAGUCACUCUGGACUACCUACUUUGACGCAACUAAAAAGAUGGAUGCCAAGCAGACAGCUCAACAGCAGAAGCUCAACUCGGAAGUCAAGGACGAAAUCCUCAGCCUCCAGAAGAUUCUCACCGACGCUCAAGAGCACGAGAUAGUCAAGAUCCGCAGCAACCUGCAGAGCAUCCUGAUGUAGCGCAUUUCCGCAUUCUCUACAAGUCUAGAGGCAAAUUGGACAGUAACAUGUUAUUCAUUUCUGAUGCCGCCUAUAGCAUAACUUUGUUGUUUGGACUCCUUCCGAAGCCGGGUAUUACUUUCGGUUGAAAAGACGUUGCAGUGGCAUUGCAGGAAAAGCAUGGGGCAGUUGUUAGCAUUGUUGCCAGUGCAACUAAGGGCAAGCGUGCCACCCGCUUGUUCAAAGACAAUGAAUGUGCUAGCAACCUUGCUUGCCUCUUCGAUAUCUGUACU